CAUUCAAUCCCAAAUUAUCUCUCCUCAAACUCGCCAUGGCUGAUUCCCAUUCCAUUACCGUUCUUUCCAAUACCAACUCCGGCGACGGUAAACCGGAGAAUCAACUCCAACUCCAACUUCAACUUCAACUUCAAAGAUUACCGCACCUUACCGACUAUCUACAAAACCUUCCAACCUUCACUAACCCUUUAAACCAUAACCAGUUCUACCACCCAUCCCAGGAGUUCUACAUCUCUUCCUCCGAUGUCGUUCUUCGUCACAUCCUCUUCGAUCUCUCCACCUCUGCCUUCGACCCUCCCUUCGCCUACUAUCGUGCUGGCCCCCGUAAGCAAAUCUUCUUCGAUCCUUCCACUGUCCGAGCGGCGAUCGUUACCUGCGGUGGACUCUGUCCGGGCCUGAAUACCGUCAUUAGGGAACUGGUGGUGGCUUUGUGGGACCUUUACGGUGUUCGUCAGAUUUUCGGUAUUAUGGCCGGUUACCGAGGUUUCUACUCCAUGGAACCCGUGCUGCUUGAUCCCAAGCUUGUGAACGGCUUGCAUUUGAAGGGUGGCACCGUCCUUGAGACCUCUAGAGGUGGUUUCGAUCUCCACAAGAUCGUUAAUUCCAUCGAAUCUCGCGGUUAUAAUCAGGUAUACAUAAUAGGUGGAGAUGGCACCAUGCGGGGUGCUGUUGCAAUCUUUGAUGAGAUACGUCGCCGGAAAUUGAAUGUAGCAGUUGCAGGGAUCCCUAAGACUGUUGACAAUGAUGUUGGAAUCAUAGACAGAUCGUUUGGGUUUGAGACGGCUGUAGAGACUGCCCAGCAAGCAAUACAAGCAGCUCAUGUGGAGGCUGAGAGUGCUGUUAACGGUAUUGGGUUGGUGAAGCUGAUGGGACGAAGUGCAGGUCACAUUGCGAUCAAUGCUACAUUAAGCAGCCGUGAUGUGGAUUGCUGUUUACUUCCAGAGACUGAUUUUUACUUGGAUGGAAAGGGGGGCCUUUUUGAAUUCCUUGGGCAGAAACUGAAAGAGAAUGGACAUGCUGUGUUAGUAGUAGCUGAGGGAGCUGGGCAGGAUUUGAUACCGAGGACGGCUGCUCAGAAGGAAGAGAAAGACGAGUCUGGCAACCCAGUGUUCCUGGAUGUUGGAGUUUGGUUGAAGUCUGAGCUGAAACGGUGGUGGGACAGAGACCACGCAGGGGAGUUAGUCACUGUGAAGUACAUAGAUCCCACAUAUAUGAUACGUGCAGUCCCGGCCAAUGCUACAGAUAACUUAUAUUGCACACUUCUGGCACACUCUGCAAUACAUGGGGUCAUGGCUGGUUACACUGGGUUCGUCGCCGGACCUAUUAAUGGCGUUUACGCAUAUAUUCCGGUGGUUGAGGUGGCAAAGGCAAAGAAUUUAGUUGAUUUGAAGGACCAUAAGUGGGCAUGGGUUAGAUCAGUGACUAACCAGCCAGACUUUGUGAAGGGCUAGAGAGUUUGUUCUACUUU